UUAAUGCCACUUCCUGCUAACAAGAAGCCAAUAGCAGUGAAAUGGGUGUAUAAAGUGAAGCACUUCCCUGAUGGCACAAUUGCAAAACACAAGGCAAGGCUUGUGGCCAAAGGAUGUUUACAAAAGCCUGACAUUGAUAUCAAGGAAAUGGUCUGUCAGUCAGAUGUUGCGACAGAUGUUGGAACAUCGUGUGCAAAACCUGUAAACAAUGUGCCAGAAUUUAAAUUGGAAGUAUGUGCACCAGUUGCAAGACUAGAAACAGUAAGACUUGUGGUAGCAGUAGCAAACCAAUUGAAUUGCCAGAUUGUUCAACCUAAUGUCAAGUCUGCAUUUCUCAAUGGCAAACUUGAGGAGGAAGUAUAUGUUGAACAACCACAAGGUUUCAAAGUCAAAGGUGCAGAAGACAAAGUAUCAGAAGAUAAAGGACUUAAGCAUCCUACCAACACAGGCAUAGGCAUCUCAAGUUGUUUAAGGUAUGCUUGCAACUCAAGGCCAGAUAUAUGUCAUAGUGUGGGAAUG